UAGAAUAAAAAUGUUCUGUUGCUGAAGGUUAAGGCCCAACAUGCAGAUGCUGAAUUUACCAAGAUCUUCACUGACUGUGAACUGUGCAUUGGUCAAAGUUACAGUGUCCACUGUGAACCUGAGGACUUAGAAAUACAGCCUGAGCGUGCAAGGUUUCGCUCAAAUUAUGGACCAAAUUUCAUUCCAAAUUUUGAGGUUCUCCUGAUGUCAAACCCAGAGAAAGUGACUUUGAUGGUCCAAGACCAGGAGAAGACAGAAGUCUGGAAACGUAAUAUUCAUCUGACAGGUUCUGGUCCAGCAGGGACUCUCAGUGCUCCAGCUCCGAGUGCCCAGGACACCAUGAUGAAAGAGACGGAUCUCAAAAACAUCCUGGACGAUCUGACAGACAAUGAGUUGAAGGACUUCAAAUGGAACCUGAAAUGUGAAACAGUGGACAACGUCCCGCCCAUCAAAGUGAGCCUGCUGUCGAAGGCAGAUCGGCAGGACACGGUGGAUCUGUUGAAGCAGAAAUAUGGAUUAGUUGGAGCUGUGAGGGUGAUGGAGAGAGUUUUAAAAAGGAUCAGCCGGAACGAUCUGGUGAAGAAAUUAUCAUACCAUCAGCUCAGGAGCAGGAGGUCAGUAACAGGAGGAGAAACACAUGAAUGAGAAAUGCAUCUAUAUCACAUCAUAUCUGUUUGUCUGCGUCUGUCCUGCAUCCAGACAGCAGAUCUGUGUUUACAGAGGAAUCUGUCUCAGGGUUUAAACAUACAGAUGUUACCGGGACUAGAUGGUGCAGGUUUUUAUUCUUCUUCCUCAACUGUUUUACUCACAAGGUUUGAAAAAUGUUACGUAUAAAUCUUUUCUUAAAAAUCUUAAAAAUUAAACCAAGUGUAAGAGG